GCAUCCUAUGCGAAAUGUGCCAGGGCCAUUCUUUGCACGAAUCAACGGGCUGUGGCGAACAUGGCGGUAUUGGAAAGGUGACUGGCAUGAAGACAUUGUUCAACUCCACGAGAAAUAUGGCAAGGCGGUCAGGAUAUCCCCAACGAGAUCUCAGUGCAGGAUGAAGAUACCAUGAAAGCCCUCUACUCUCACCGCCAAAAUACUCCAAAGAGCUGGUGGUACAAUGUCUGGAUUAUCCCUGGUGCCGCGCGAGGCUUUUUCGCCAUCCGUGACCGAAAGUUGCAUGGCUUUUUGCGCAAAAGAGUGUCACAUAUGUUCUCCGUCACAAGUCUCGUCACUAUGGAAACCUACAUCCAAAGCUGCAUGGACGUUUUUAUGUCCAAAAUGUCCCAAUUCGAAGCACAAGGCAAAACCGUGGAGAUGGGCAACUGGACUAACGCACUCGCCUUUGAUGUGAUUGGGGAGCUGGGCUACGGAGCAAUGUUUGGUCACAUGGCGACCGAGUCCGACGUGCUAAACCUCAGAGGGGAUAUUCUCUCAGGCUUCAAGAUCUUCAGUCGAAUCGGUUACCUGUGGGGACAGUGGCGCCUCGUGUUGAACCCUCUUGUCGCAGCUCUCGGUCCACCCCCAGCCACGACGUUCGCCGACUAUACAGCGCGCCAAUUACAAGCUCGAAAGGCUGAUCGGAACAACACGCCCGCUCACGACGACGAGAUCAUUGCCGAAAUGUUUUCUGUCAUCGGUGGAGGUGGGGAUACCACAUCGAUCUUAAUGCGAGCUUGCUUGUUCUAUGUUGCUACCAGUCCUAAAGUCUAUGCCACCCUGCGAAAAGAGAUCGACGAUUUUUGCGGGGAUCGAGAGCCGGACAGACAGAUCAUGUACAAAGAGACUCAGACUUUGCCAUACCUGCAGGCUGUCAUCAAGGAGUCCGCACGGCUCUGGCCCUCUAUUGUCUGGCAACUUCCACGCGACAGUCCGUUGGUGGCCUUACGAUUGACGGCAAAUUCUAUGUUCCGGAAGGCUACAGCGCCUGAAAGAUGGCUGCAGAACGAGAUCCAGACCCGUCGCAUGGAGCUCCUUUCCAUGACCUUCGGCGGUAAUGGUCCCCGUGCUUGCCUGGGCAAAAAUCUGGCAUUGAUGGAAGUCCAGCUUCUUAUCGCUCGCUUUAUCCGAGGCUUUGACUAUGAGAUCGUCAAUAAGGAGCACCCUUGGCGGGUCUGCUCUGCAUGGUUUGCAUCACAGAACGAGAUGUAUAUACGUCUUACACGGAGGGGCUUUGACAGUGCUAAGUAGAUCACGUGAUUUACUAUUAGAGUCACCCGAGUCAUCGUGGAUGUCUCUAGCUAUCGCAUCAUAUCUGGU